AUGCUAACGACCGUUUUGAAGAUGGCAAGUAAAUUGAACGGUAGAGAAUUGUUUGAGAAGAUUGGCAAGCCGACCAAGAUUGUUGCUCCCAUGGUGGAUCAGUCGGAACUGGCCUGGCGUGUGCUGUCGAGACAGUAUGGUGCGACACUUUGCUACACUCCGAUGUUCCAUGCCAAGCUGUUUGCAACCUCUGAAAAGUAUCGUAAGGAUAUGUGGUGCGAGCUAGAUGGUGACAGCGAUUUGGACCGGCCAUUGGUUGUUCAGUUUUGCGCCAACGACCCGGAGUACUUACUGGCUGCUGCUAAGCUGGUCCAAGAUAAAUGUGAUGCGGUGGAUUUGAAUUUGGGUUGCCCUCAAGGGAUCGCAAGGAAAGGCCAUUACGGGUCGUUUUUAAUGGAAGAAUGGGAUUUGAUUCGCAAGCUGAUCAGAACGCUUCAUGACAAUUUGACGGUUCCUGUGACUGCGAAGAUCCGUGUCUUUCCCGAACGUGAGAAGACACUGGAAUAUGCGAAGAUGGUCUUAGAUGCUGGGGCUCAGUUUUUAACUGUCCACGGCCGAUUAAGAGAACAGAAGGGACAAAAGACUGGAUUAGCAGACUGGGACAUAAUUAAAUAUUUGAGAGAAAAUUUACCAACUGAUACCGUUUUCUUUGCAAAUGGUAAUAUUCUUUACCCAGAGGAUAUUUCUAGAUGUAUGGAACACAUAAAUGCAGAUGCUGUGAUGAGUGCUGAGGGAAAUUUGUACAAUCCAGGGGUUUUCAAUACCGAUUACAUUGAUGAUAAAGAUAAAACGUUUCCUAAGGUCGACAAGAUCGCGAGAGAAUAUUUUGAAGUUAUUAAAAAAUGCAAUGGAUCACACGCGUCGAGGAUUGCAAUGAAAUCACAUAUGUUCAAGAUCUUACGACCUUUUCUACAUCACCACACUGACAUUAGAUCACAGAUUGCCUCUAUGAACGCAAAAUCCACAUUGGAUGACUGGGAAGAGAAAGUCAUCAAGCCAGUGGAAAAAGUUGUAACUGAGAUUUAUGCUGAUCCAUCCAUUCAAGAGAAAGACACAAUAGUCACAGGAUCACAAGAACUAUGGGGAGGAGCUUACAAAACUAUUCCAUAUUGGAGAUGUCAACCUUAUUUCAGGCCAGUCAAUGGUGUCACUGGUGACAAAAGGGUCACCGAGAAUCUAAAAGAAAAAGUUGCUGGAUUGGAUAACUCCAAGAAAAGAAAAGCUGACCAGCCAUCAUCAGAAGAAUCAAAGAUAAAGGAAACUAAACUAGAGUAG